UUCAUCUACCUGCUGCCCGCUCCGGUCCCCGGUACUGAUUGGCCGUCUGACCGAAAUCCCCUUGAAUGAUUUCAAACCCUUGUGUUUGGACAGGAAGGAGGGGGGGCUCCGUCCACCGACACACCGACACAGUAAAGAAGCUUAGACCCGACCGAGGAGCGCUGCUGACGGGGAGACGCGUCCACAGAGCCGCCGGUGAAAAGUGACGGUGUCGUGUUUACGCACAUUUUCUCUCCACUUUGGUUCAUGUGACGUGAUAUUUAAAUUUACUGGGUUUCAUUGAGGCGUGUGAAUGGAGCGAUGUCCGGUGGAGACGGUGCACAUUGCGAUGGGACGCGCUGUGUUGUGUUGACGGGACCUGAUUGAUAAUCACCGGGGAUCGAUAUUUAAAAUCAUGCGCGCGUGUUAUUGGUGAAAUGUGAGUAUGUGCAGUUGUUUGUGAAAUUCAUGCGGGGUUGUGCUGUAACAGAUUAGUGAGGGCAGGCGGUUCAUGCUCGGGUUGUUGCCAUAGCAUCACAUUAAUAUUUUCUUUUUCAUCACCGGCCUGUUGAAGCGGAGCGCGCGCACAGACUUUCAUAUUGUGGACGAUGUGUUUCAACACCAUCCCGCAGCUCAGGCUUGGAUAGGUUAGUUGUGACAGUUGAUCUGAAGACACCGUUCACACGAGCUGAUCCUGACAGGCGACUCAGCCAUGGCGAAGAAUCCGUCCGAGGGAGCGAAGGAGGAUGUGAGCCAGCUGACGGACGAGGAGAUGCUGCGGUGCAGCAAAGAGGAGCUGAUCCGGAGACUGAGGAGGGUCGACAGCGAGAAGAUGAACUUGAUGAUCGAGCACGGAAACAUGAUGAAAGACAUCAACCGGCGGCUGCAGGUGCACCUGCACGAGAUCCGGAGCCUGAAGGAGAUCAACCAGAAGCUGCAGGACGACAACCACGAGCUGCGGGAGCUCUGCUGCUUCCUGGACGAUGACCGACAGAAGGGCAAGAAGCUGUCCCGGGAGUGGCAGCGCUUCGGCCGCUACACCGCCAGCGCCAUGUGGAAGGAGGUGGGCACCUACAUGAUGAAGCUGAAGGAGCUGGAGGCCAACCAGGACACCGUGCUGAGGGAGAACUCUGAGCUCAAGGAGAUCAUCCUCAUGCUGGACGAGGAGAGGAACGGAGCCGGGUCCAGGAGCUCCAUAGACAGUCAGUCCAGUUUAACCAACCUGAACGGGGGCACCGGCACCGUCAGGGAUGUUGGGGACGGGAGUAGCACGUCCAGCACAGGUAGCGCCGGAAGUCCAGAUCACCACAACCACAACCACAUACACAAGCCCGCCUCGGAGAACAGUAAGCUGGGCACCACCAUGAGGAGGUCCAUGGAUGACCUGUCAGCACCGCACCAUCACAGGAGCAUCCCCAAUGGACUCAAUGAUUCCUCCUCCAACUACAUCAGGCAGCUGGAGACUAAAGUGCGGAUCCUGGAGGACGAUAACAAUAAGCUGCUCUCACAGGCUUAUAGCCGCUAUAGUUUAUCACAGAUUCAGACGAAGAAGCAGUAUAACCCAGGUGACCUUCGUGCCCUGAGGAAGGGAAUGACCCUCUACCACUCAGAGUCCCAGCUGUCCUCACUGCCGCAACGCCAGGACGCCAUGCACAUGGGUACCGGCCGUCUCCCAACCAGCGAGUCCUCUCCUGCCACAGGCUACCUGUCCUGCGUCCAGAAGCCUGAAGCCGUAGUGCACGCCAUGAAGGUGCUGGAGGUCCAUGAGAACUUGGACAAGCAGGCUCCUGAGGACUAUGAGGACGACCUCAGUGAGAAAGAGAAGGCCAUCGUGAGAGAGAUGUGCAACGUGGUGUGGAGAAAGCUGGGUGAUGCAGCAGGAUCAAAGCUGUCCAUCAGACAGCACCUCUCUGGGAACCAGUUCAAAGGGCCGCUGUAGCAUGGCAACCAGAGAGACGGAGAGAGAUCAGGAUUUACAGUACCUACACUCACCUGAAAACACCUCUUAACUACCUGCGCCUACACAACCCAUCAUGCCGUGCUCCCUACUGCCUACAGCUCCCAGCAUUCCUUCAACAAACACGCUCUUUAGACUGGCUGAGAUAGCCACUACAUGGACCUUUUAGUCUGGUAUCCACAUGCACAACUUUACGACAUGUUUUUAUCUCUCAGAGCUCACCAAGCGUUCGACAACUGGCAGCUAGUUUCACUGAUUCGCCGCUUUUCUUCGUUGAUUUUGAGGCUUUCAGCUACACGAUGAUCUCUCUCUGUAAAAGCUAUAAACACACAUCAUGUUUAGUCCUGUAGAUUAUAGCUGUGCUACAUUAAAGGGAAACUUAGUAUUUUUUAACCUGGACCUUGUUAUACCAUGUGUUUGUGUCUAAUUGACUAAUGGGGACAACCGUUUUUGAAAUUGGUCCAAUAUUUAGGAGUGCGCUGUGUCCAGGAGCAGCGAAACUGGCUGCAGUGUAACCACUCAGGGCAUGUUUGUACCACAACAUAUCUUCAUUAAACAGUCCGCAUGAUGCACGCAUGAUUCCCGAGCGCGGCACCGCUGCUGCUCACCGCUCCCUCAGGGGAUGGGUCAAAUGCGGAGAACAAAUUUCACACAUUCAGGUGUGUGACAAUCAGUGGAACUUUACCUUUACUUUACCUUUACACUACAGUUCGUAUGAUAUCCUACCAAUUAGCGCCCCAUGGAUGACUUUAUGUCCAGAGCAUAAAGUGACCCAAAGUCAACCUUGGUUAGGUUUAGGAAAAGAAACAUGGGGAAGAUGUACCUUAAAAUCAGUCAAAGUUCACUCAAAGUUCACACAGUUCUGAACACUGGUCUCCUAGGGAAAGUCCUGUGUUUUAUGACCUAUCCACCACCCCAACUUGCCUCCAUAUGGACUCGCUCUGGACCAAUUCCUUCUUUACUCCCAACACCACAUUGGUCACUUGAUCGCAGCCUUCCAGAAUACAUGGGUUGUGCAUGAAUUACCAGCUCAUCAUUAUGUGGAAUAUUUACGAAUUUUGGUGUGUUACUUUUCGUACAUACAGUGUAUGAGAACAGCCUGUUGUACGUUCAGUUUAUGUCCACUUAAAGUGCUUGUUUUUACCACUGACAAGCUCAGUUUUAUUGUAAGUGUCUGACAACAUUAUGGAAAGGAUCCUUACAGAGAUAGACCUUUUUGUCGAGGACUAAGAUCUGUUUUGUUUAACCAGAAACACACCCAAAAUCAGUAUCACCAAAUACACCAGACUGCAUUUAAAAAAAACUGUAAUUUUAUCACCAUAAAACACACUUCAUUCAAAGUCGAUAGAAACUAAAU